GGAGUUCCAUCGUACAUUCGUUGCCUAACCAUUCAAAAUUCUAAAUUGUACAAUACGAAAAUUGUACAAGAUUUCGGAUAUCACGACAAACAUAAUAGGAUAUGAGACUCUUCUCCCUGCUGUAUGGCGUCGUCGUCAGGAACGUAGACAGGCGGGUGCCGGCCCCGCUGAGACCCUUUUGGACCUCACCCACGGGUCCGCAGACAGUCUUCUUCUGGGGUCCUGUUUUCAAAUGGAGCGUGGUUUUAGCUGGGCUUGGUGAUGUGCUUAAUCGACAGCCGCAUCUGAUAUCAAAAAAGCAGACACUUGUCCUAGCUUUGAGUGGUGUCCUAUGGUCUCGCUGGUCUAUGGUCAUCAGGCCCAGGAACUAUAAUUAUAUGGCCUGCAAUGCUGUGAUGUCUGCUUCCCAAGUCGUCCUGCUGUGGAGGAGCAUUAGUAAUGAUCUGGUCAAGGUGUGGCAGGACUUUCGGUCACCCCGAGGAGUGGAACCCAACAGCACUGUCCCACUUUCUAAACAAGAUCAUUAAAGAGUCUAAGCAUGCUAACAAAUAAAACUAUUGACGCUGUUCUGGAUUGACAUUGCGGCGCCAACAUUUCACUCGUGAAAUA